AUGCCUGUGUCAGUUUUCCAGAUACCAAAUACAUCUGAAAGCAGCAGUGGCUCUGUUACUACAACCACCACAACCAAUAAUCCAACCACCACAGCUAUUAUGAAAUUAAAGGAUUCUACAAAAACUGAUCUUUCAACAACAAAAAGAAAAAGGCAUUGGAUAAAUUAUAUAUAUACGCCAGAGGUUAAACAUUUAAUAGCUGGUGGAGUAGCUGGGGCAGUAAGCAGAACUGUUGUUAGUCCUUUAGAAAGAAUGAAAAUUUUGUUCCAAGUCCAAGGACCAGAACCUGCAUCAUAUCAAGGGAUUCGAGCAACAUUGGUAAAAAUAUGGCAAGAAGAAGGAUGGAUUGGGAUGUUGAGAGGAAAUGGUACCAAUGUUAUAAGAAUUGUUCCAUAUAGUGCUGUUCAAUUUGCAGCAUAUGAAAAAUAUAAAAAAUUACUUAUAGAAGAUGGAAAAACUGAACUUGACGCAACGCGUAGACUUUUAGCAGGUGCAUUAGCCGGUAUAACGUCUGUGACGUGUACAUAUCCGCUUGAUAUUGUUCGUACGAGACUUUCCGUUCAGUCUGCUAGCAUAAGUGGGAAAAAAUCCAAUAGAAAGUUACCGGGUAUUUGGUCUACAAUGAAAUCAAUAUAUCGUAAUGAAGGAGGUGUAACCGCAUUGUAUAGAGUACUACGUAAAUAUUUUACACCAUCUGAUCAAAAAUCGCCAUCAGUAGGAAAUAAAUUGCUAUCUGGAGCACUGGCAGGAUCAUUUGCCCAAACGAUAACUUAUCCUCUCGAUGUUUUGAGGCGUAGAAUGCAAGUAACAGGUUCGGAGUCUGUUGAAUACAAUUAUAAAAGUACAUGGGAUGCAAUUGUACAAACUAUUUCCAAAGAAAGUUGGAGAGGUUUUUAUAAAGGAAUGUUGCCAAAUUAUUUGAAAGUUGCACCUGCAAUAGGUGUUAGUUUUGUCACUUAUGAAGCUUGUAAAGAUAUAAUGGAUUCUCUUAGAUUAGAAGCAGAAGUUGAUUUAUAUAAAGAUGAAAAUGAAUUAUUAAGCGGAGAAGAAGGUGACUGUGAAAAUAUUGGAGAUGAAAAAAUAUAG